UCACAAGCAAAUUAAAAAUCACUUUGAUAUCACAAGCAAAUUUAGAAGGAAAAACAAGAUUCAGAAAUAGGCCGACGUGUCAUGUUCCCGAACCAAGAUAACAAAAAGAAAUCAAUAACCCGCCGCCACAGGCCACACCACUGCCCACUCAAAUUACCCUCCUUCCACAGCCUCAAAAUUCAAUCCAGAAAAUCCGCUCCCAUGUCUCUCUUCGUCGCCAGCGGCGGCAAUGGUGCCAAAACUCUCCCCGCCGGAGCCAUCUCCGUACAGCGCCAUCUGUCGUCUAACUACUUCCCCCGUCGCAGUGGCGUCCGGCUUCCGCAGCCGCUCUCCCCCAGGAGAGCUCACCUCCUCCACAUCGUCUCCGCCAAGGGUCGGCGGGGCUCCAUCAAAACCACCGAGAAGUUGGGGGAGAAACGGAACACGAAUUCUGAUCAGAUCGAGUUCGGCUCCUCCACAGAUGGCAUUGAGAGCAGCGCCGGUUUAAGCAGCGGUAGUGUUGCUGACGACGGUUUUGUGAUGCCGAAUCUCCCAGGGGACGAAAAGGACUUCUGGGAAGGUCCGCAGUGGGAUACUCUCGGCUUCGCCGUCGAGUAUCUGUGGGCACUGGGUAUUGUUUUUUCGUUGAUAGCUUGUGGCGUUGCUGUGGCUACAUACAACGAAGGAGCGACAGAUUUCAAGGACACUCCGGCGUACAAAGAGUCCACCCAGACAGGGGAUGUUUUGGAAGAACCUGGUGAAUCUGUUUUCGAGUCCAAUCCAACUGAGGAGGCACCUAGUUUGGAUUAAGCAAAUCUUUGUGAAUUCGACGUGAAGAAGAAUGAAACGGUCUCCCUGGAUCCUCCAUACAUUGGCGCUCGAAGGAUAGAAGACGAGACUCCAUAAGGUUUAUGAUUUUGCUUGUCUAUACAUUGCGCUGAAAGGAUUUGCUGCUGCUGCAAGCUCUUCAGUCUGUGCCCAUGCGGAUUAGUCUGCAGCGCAUGCAUUUGGCUAUCGAAAAGGUGUAAUUGCUUAGACAAUCUUGGUGUUGCACAAACUGUAUACUGAGAUGCGCUGGAUUUAUAGUAGAAUCUAGGCACUUCCUAUAGCUACUAGUAAGUUUGAUUGUUGCAAAUCUGAG